CAUGGAAGCACCCCACUUAUCUCUCUUGAGAGCCAGGUCUAAAUCCUCAAAUUCACUAAAUGAUUACACUGAACGGGAUGAAUUCAAGAAAAAGAAGAGAAUUAGGUAUUUUAGAAGAAAUUUGAUGAUUAAAGUGGCUUUUAAGGGAUUUAAAUUAAAGCAUUUGGGAUGAUUAUUGGAUGUAGGAAUGAUAAACAUCAAAGAUGCGAAAGUGACUUUAAAGUGAGAAAUCGAUCUGGAGAGAAAACUAAUAGGCAUAAAGAUUAUUCAACAAAGCUUCAAUAUGAUAAUUAUAAAACAAGAGAACAGAUGAUAAAGAUGUGUCAUGAAGAUUUGAAGCUGACUUUAAUAUCAUUUCAAAAAGAUUUAAUAUCUUCUUCAGGAAUUAAACUAGGCAAAGAUUAUAACUCGAAGCCUCUAUUUUCUGGAACUUAUACAAGUAAAGGAAAAGACACUAAAUCAAUUUUGGACCCCCACCCCACCCUCAGCUUCAACAACUACUCCCAAAUCAACUCAGCCGCCCUAUACCCCUCCAUCCCUCCCUCCCCCAAGCCCACCCUCCCGUCCUCUUCCAAAACCCCUACUUCCCAAUUCUCUUCAGUGAUCUCCCGCUUGGCCACCCUCUAUACCAAAUAAGUUAGAUUUGUUGGUACGGCAGAGAGAUAUUGAGUGGGAAAAACGAUUGGUGCAGAAACAGUUUGAUGAUAAUUUUUAUACGGAGAGUUAUGGUAAUAGUUUACUUAAGAAGCAAAUGGAGGAGAAUUUGACGACGGCGGAAGGUAGGAAGUUGUUCCAGAAGUUACUUACCUUACAAACAGAGAAUGAACAAUUAAAGAGGAAAAACGAAAGAUCUAAACAUAUCCUCUCCAGUAUAAGAUUGAAUUAUUUCAAGGAGAUCAACAAUCUCAGAGAGAUUAGCCAACCUUGGCGAAGCACACAGACAGUCAACGACUAUUUACAAGUGCGAUACUUUGUGCCGACCGAAGGUAUGGAUAAGAGUAUUGUCGAUAUUCUGAACACAAAGUUGAACGAAAUGAAGAAAGAGUACGACCAAAGAAUCUCAGCCAUCGCUGAUGAUCUCAAUGACAAGACUCUCAAAAUUCAAGCAUACCAAGAACUUGCUCCUUCUAGCUAUGGGCUCCUUGAUAUGAAAAUUGACCAAAUUUUAGAAGGAGUCAAAGCUAUGGAGAAAGAUCCCCAGAAAUUAUGGAAAUCCUUAACAAAAGCAUACACAAGACAAUUCUUCGACUCCAUAAUUGAGAGUGAAUACAAAGACUACCUUAAUGAAGUCUCAACUCGAGAAAUGAUCAGAAGUGUGAACAAAAUCAAAAAGGAGAUGAACGAACAAUUAAAUGAUGUCAGAGUGUCCAUGGAAGCUGAAAAGAAGUCCCUUAGAUAUCAGAUUAACAUGAAAAUAGAAGAGAAUAAUUACCUCAGAUCUUCAAAUAUAAAUCUCAUAAAUCGAGCCCGAAGAGAGGCCCACCUAGCAGCAGAGGAGAAGUUCCAGGAAAGAGUCAACCAGCUGUAUAAAAAGUUUGAUGAAGAAAAGCAUGAGCUAUAUGCUGAACUACAAUCCUUAAAGAAGUAUGCUGAAGAUCAUAAUUAUUUUAAAAACCAGAUGACUCUUAGACUAGCUCUUGUAAAAUUCCGAUACACCGUCCAAAUAAUGAAAGUUAAAGAUGGCCAGAAAGAGAAGCCUAUCAAAGACAUCACAGAUGACCUCCGGAGGGUGGUAAUGGGGAAACAAAUCGAAGAACACGAGGAAAGAAUGAAGGAACUCGAUGAGCUAAAAGAUCAGCAUGAUACCUUAAAAAUAAAGAACGCAAAUACUAUCUACAAAAUGCAUGAGCUGAGUGAGCAAAUCAAAUUAUUAGAGAAAUAACCUACAAGAAAUGCAGGAUGAGAAUGGCUCUCUCUCAAGCAUGCUCUCAAGAGAGCGCCAAAAUGUCAGGGAAAUGAAGCUUGAAAUACAAUCUCUGAGAAAUGGAGACAAAAUUAAUAAGGAAAUCAUCGAGGUCCUCGAACAUGAUAAGAUAGGGUUGAAAGAAAAAGUUGAGAGCUUAUCAAAGCAACUUGAACUAAAAGAUCCAGAAUUCAUCGGAGCAGGAGAUCUCAGAGACAAAAACAGUAAAUUAUAUGUUCAAAAAGCUCUCCAGCAGAUCAACGAUGAAAAAUUCGAAAAUAUGAAGAAAAUCAUCAGCGAAGAUACCAGAGAGAUCGGCACAAUUACAGAUACUCGAGGGAUUGAAGAUGAAAAUGAGUCAAAAGAGCAGCUUCCUAAAAUACCAAGAUUGACAGCUAUGACUCAAACAGAUAAAGAACUUUACAAGGAUAUGGCUCCUGACAUACCACUGAGUGAUAUCAAAGCGUAUCAUAAACUAAAUGCUCUUGAAAAAGAGAUCAAGCAGCUCAAGAAGAAGAAAGGCAUUAAAACUUCUCAUAGAAUGUAUAGCCCUUCUGAAAAUGAUGAUUCUGAAAUUUCCAGUCAGGAGGACUUUCCAGAUAUUAAGAUUCACAAGAAGAAAGCAACCAAGAAGCACAUCAAGCAUAAAUCGUCAAAGAAUACCAAGAAUGCCCUGAGAAUGGAGAAAACUUACAAAGAAAGUAAGACCAAAGAAAUCCAGCAUGUCAAUAAUGAAACUGAGAUUAACAAAGAAACUGACUCAGAGAUCUCAAGGCAAGAUUCAACUGAACGUCCUCACGAAGAGAUCAAAGAUGGGUAUAAUCUGAGCUUUAUGACUAAGGCAAAUUUCAGCUCUAAGCCCUCAAUGAUAUCAAAAAGAAGGUCAAAACCUCCUCCUGAUCUGACAGAGGAACAAAUAAAAGCAGCUGAGAUGGAAAUUGAUAAGAAGACAGUGACUUACAUCUUUAAACUUAAACAAAACAAUCCUCAGAUAAACCCUGAAAUAUUUGCAAAAGCAAUUGAGUACAUCAGAAUUGGUGCUAAGAAGAAGCUCCAGUUACAUCACUACGAAUCAGAAGAGCAUCAGAUGGCCAGACUUUACCCAGAGAAUCAACCUGAAGUAUUCGGCAGACUCUGGGAAGAAGUCAACAAAAGAAAACUAAAGCAACAAAAGCUCAAAAUAGUCACUCAAAAGCAAACAAGGCAAAUCUGGAUUAACAAACUGAAGGAUGUCAGAAGGAGUACCUGGAAUAGGCUUAUUAACACAAAAUCUGAGUAUUUUUCAGAUAUCAGCCGGUACAAAGAAAUUAAUACCAAAAAUAAUCCCAAAGGGAACAAGACUAUCAGGCUGAGCAAAAACUCGAAGCCAGAAAAUACAAGCAAAAUGCUGAGUGAGAGACCGCUAAAAUAUACGAAUAGUUCCUCAGGCAUUCAACCUAUAAUAAAUAAAGCCGAUAUAAACAUGCUAAAUCCUACAAAGAUGAGAGAGUGUUCGUUUAUUACAGAUUUUGUAAGGUCAAGAGUUGAUGACUCAUUCCAAGAGCACUCGAAAGAUAAUCAUAGUAGAACAGUCACCACCCAGACCGAAAUCAAAGGCAGAGUUUUUGAUGAAGUAGACGAUGAAAUACUUGAUGAAAUUAUCAACAAUUCAAUGAUGGAUAUAGGCUACACCGAAUUUUCAGAAUAUGAUAUAGGCGAACACUCAAAACAAGACCAAUCUCAUAACAUUUCUCUAUGGAAAAGGAGAAGGAAAUCUGAUAAUGCAGUAUUAGAAAAGAAUUCUUCAACCAUGAGCAAUAGAUCUAGCAGGCCAACAUUAGGUCCACUUUCACAAAGAAUUUCAUUAAAAAGGAAACGUAAAAGAUUCAACGUCGGCACAAGUAUGAACUCCUCCGUGGUCUUCACUAGAAGAAACAUUCAAAAACUUGAUCUUGAAGAAAAUAGCCUCUACAAUCAUUCCAAAAAUGAAGACUAUUCAGUAGAAGGUCUAAGUCUGAAAAAUCUCGAUCGCAAAAGAGAAGGAAACAAAAACCUAUUCGCUAAUAAGGGAAUUCCCGCCUUAAACAACUCAAAGGAAAACAACAACUCCACAAAAACAGGAAUAAUAGGAGAAAAUAGGGCUCAAAUCUCUGCUAUUUCAGUAAAAAUCAACAAAAACUAAUUCAAACA